AUAUAUAUGUAUAUUUACUUUAUCGACAUUGCGAAAUAUACCGAAAUGGAUCUUGUUGCGUGGUAUCAAAAAGGAGAAAAUUAAAAACGCAAUAUACAUGUUAUGUCGUGGACGCGACCACUUGUCCUCUCUCGCGCAUGACCGUAGACAGCUUUACCACAUCAAUAUCAAAGGUGCACAGCAGAGACGGAUUCUAUUAUAGUGUGUAUGAUUAGAAUCUGUUGAUUUCCAUCAAGAAAUGUCCAUGAUGCGGAUGAAAGCAGUGAGAUGUCCUACAGAUGAGCUCAGUCUCUCCAAUUGUGCAAUUAUCAAUGCUGAUGAUUUUCCGGGCGAUGUUAGGCAUAUUGAAGUAACUACAGCACCAAAUUAUCAUUUUGUGUUUACUGUGAGAACGCAUCAUGAGAUUCCACGUGGUACAAUCGGUUUUAGUUUGCCUCAACGGAAAUGGGCAACAUUGUCUCUCAAUCAAGAUAUUGAGGUUCGACCAUAUCAUUUUGAUCCAACUUCUAACACAGAAUGUUUAUGCAACAUUGUUUUGGAAGCUGACUUCUUGCAGAAAAAAACUGUUACUUUGGAGCCAUAUAAUACAGAUGAAAUGGCCAAGGAAUUUCUACUACAAUUUUCAGGCCAGGCAUUCACCGUGAGUCAGCAGCUGGCAUUUCAGUUUAAAGAUAAGAAAUUGCUUGGAUUAGUUGUCAAAAGUUUGGAAGCUGCUGAUUUAUCGGCCAUCAGCUCAGGCCAAAGUACAAUGCCCAGAAAGACCAAAAUGGGUCGUUGCUUAGGUGACACCAUAAUACAAUUUGAAAAAGCAGAAAACUCAAGCCUAAAUCUUGUUGGACAAGCUAAAGGAAAAGCUAUUCGACAGACCAUUAUUAAUCCAGACUGGGACUUCCAGAAAAUGGGUAUUGGUGGUUUGGAUAAGGAAUUCAGUGCCAUUUUCAGAAGAGCAUUUGCAUCUCGCGUUUUUCCAACGGAGAUUGUCACUCAACUGGGUUGCAAACAUGUAAAAGGAAUUUUGCUGUAUGGACCACCUGGUACAGGAAAAACGUUAAUGGCUCGACAAAUAGGAACAAUGUUAAAUGCAAGAAAACCAAAGAUUGUAAAUGGCCCACAAAUUUUGGAUAAAUAUGUUGGAGAAAGUGAAGCUAAUGUCAGAAGAUUGUUUGCUGAUGCAGAAGAGGAAGAAAAGAGGCUUGGUCCAAAUAGUGGGCUUCACAUAAUCAUAUUUGAUGAAAUAGAUGCCAUCUGUAAAUCUCGAGGUAGUGUUGCUGGAAAUACAGGUGUUCAUGACACAGUGGUAAAUCAGCUACUUGCAAAGAUUGAUGGCGUUGAACAAUUAAAUAACAUUCUUGUUAUUGGUAUGACCAAUAGAAGGGACAUGAUCGACGAAGCCUUGUUAAGACCUGGCCGAUUGGAGCUGCAAAUGGAGAUCAGCUUGCCAGACGAACAUGGGCGAUACCAGAUUCUUAAUAUUCACACAUCCCGAAUGAGAGAUUACAAAAAGAUAGCGCCUGAUGUAGAUCUGAAAGAGUUAGCUUCCCAAACUAAGAAUUUUAGUGGGGCAGAAUUAGAGGGUCUAGUCAGAGCUGCACAGAGCACUGCUAUGAAUCGGUUAAUAAAAGCCGCCAGCAAGGUAGAGGUUGAUCCAUCCGCGAUGGAGAAGCUUAUGGUCUCUAGAAGCGAUUUUUUACAUGCACUAGAGCAUGAUAUUAAACCGCAAUUUGGUACAAGCGAGGAAAUACUGAGUCAAUUAUUAAUACGAGGAAUUAUUAAUUGGGGAAGGCCAGUGGCUGAAAUCCUUGCCGAUGGCACUCUAUGCAUUCAACAAGCUCGAGCGGCUGAAGGAUCUGGUCUGGUAUCUGUUCUCUUGGAAGGACCACCAAAUAGUGGAAAGACAGCGCUUGCCGCGCAAAUUGCGAAGAAUUCAGACUUUCCAUUUAUUAAAGUUUGUACACCUGAGGACAUGGUUGGUUUUGUUGAAUCUGCAAAAUGUCUUUCUAUACGGAAGGUAUUCGAUGAUGCAUAUCGUUCGCAACUUAGCUGUAUUUUAGUUGAUAAUAUAGAACGUCUACUAGAUUAUGGCUCAAUUGGACCAAGAUAUUCUAAUCUGACAUUGCAAGCACUUUUGGUGCUGUUAAAAAAAUCGCCGCCGCCUGGCCGUAAACUAUUAAUUCUAUGCACCUCUAGUCGCAGACAAGUUUUAGACGAUUUCGAAAUACUCUCGGCAUUUAAUACCGUUCUUCAUGUGCCUAAUUUGUCAACCGCUGAUAAUCUGUUAAAUGUAUUGGAAGAACUUGAUCUCUUUUCAAAACAUGAAAUGGCUUCUUUACAUGCAAAGCUUCAAGGAAAACGCAUAUUUAUUGGUAUUAAGAAACUACUCUACCUGACAGAUAUGGCACGUCAAGUAGAACCAAAUUACAGAGUUGCGAAAUUCUUAUCUAAAUUAGAAGAAGAAGGCGGCCUAGAGUAAGAAGCUUUAUUUCAAUUUAGGAUGUGUGAGCUUUAGAAACAUAGAUAAAGUGCAAGCGCUUCUGAGCGUUCAUUUGUUUUAUGUUUAGCGCGCUUGGACCGAAGCGACUUCGAUUAUAUAAACGUAUCUUUAGAUUGUAGUAAGUUAUGUAGAAAUAAUUUAGAGUAAAAGAAAUAUUUAUAUGUAAGCAAUGACACACAUCUAGAUUCCCUGUGUCACAAUAAGUUCCCAUAACAGGUAAAAAAUAGAUGAUAACAGCUUGCAUUAUGAUGCAUAUUUGAAAACGCGAAUUAACUUCAUAUUCUCAAAUACAAAUGCAUAAAUGAUACGUAAAUAUUAUUACAAUUUUAGAAAUGAUUAUCACAGCAAUUCAUAUAUAUAAUAUUUUCAAUGUUGUAAUAACUGGUUUAAUAUAAUCUCAAUUUAACUUCAAAUUUUGACUAAUCCUAGAAAAUUCACGAAAAAGUAAGUUUUUUUAUAUCUUUUAAGGACUUGACCGAAAUUAAUUUGUCAAGCUGGGAAGUAAGAAUUUGCCAUAACUUAAACGAAUAUUUGAUUGAUGCAUAAUAAUGUACAAUUAUUGUAUAGUUACUAUGAAAAUAUGUAAAAAAGAUGGAAAUAUUUGAAAUAACACAUGGAAUACCUGAUUUUAAUAUAAGUAUCGCCUGUUGCAUUCAAUAUCAGGUGCAUUUCUUCUUUACCACUUAUUAUGUAUCUUCAAUACAUAAUUAUAUUGGUAAGAUAUCUAUAUUGAAAAAAAAUGUAUAAGUAGUAUUUAUAUAUACACUGUUGAAUAAUUAAGUUUCGAGACUCGCUUCGCAUUUCCAAACGUUUGAUUCGUUAGUGCUGCCAUUUUAGAGGGUUAUUCACAAUUCACUACUCAACACGUGGUGCAAGUUCUAAAUUAUUUGGUUCAAUAGCUAAUGAGAUACAGUUACGCAAAGUUGGUAUUACAAAAUUUUGUUUAAAAAUCGGUGUAAUAUGGAAGGCACGUUUGACAACGCGCCAAAAUUAAAUUCUGCGUUAAAUUAGAGAAAUCGUUAAUAGAAACGUUACAAAUAAUUUAACAAACCUACGGAGAGUCAGCUGUGCAUAAAAGUAAUGUUUUGAAGAUACAGAUGACAUAAAAAAAAACGUGAAUCAAAUUUUGAAAGGGCUUGCUUUAAAGGACUAUCUGCUUUGAGCAAUAGUGGAAACGUUGAACUAAGUGUGUCAAGUUAGAUGGUGACUACAUUGAAACUUUUUAACUAUCUAAAAUUUAUUAUACGAUUAAAAAUAAAUUUUUCAUACGAAAGUCUCGAAACUUAAUUGUUCCACAGUGUAUAUGUGUAUAUAUAUAUAUAAGCUACUGUAGAGUUGCAUCAAUGACAAUUAUUGCAAAUAUUCAAGGUUUAGAAAAUGAUUCUUCAGCUUUCUAAGCUUAUAAUCUUAAUUAUAUCAUCGAGAAAGAGAAGAUUUCUAUAAUCAAUAUUAGCACAGGAUUGCGAAAAACAGCUAUAAGUUAAUAAUGAGCUAUAUGCAUUCCUAUAUAUAUAUAGCUUGUAUACUACAUUAUAUAUAUUUAUUCCGGCACAGAGAUAUUUUUCAGAGAAAACAAUAUCUUGAAUAUACACUGAUUGUGAUUCUAGAACAGUGCUUCCCGCUCAGGGUAUUACGACAAAUUUACCACUUUGUUAUAGAAA